AUGUUCACUACAGUUUUUACAAUAUCUCUCAUAUUUUUUGAAUCACUUCUUUUUGUGCNNAAAGAGUGGGCCCGAUCCGACCCGGAACUGCAUGCGACCGAGGCGCUCGCACCGAUCCCAGUGCCCAAACAGUCCACCUCCGAUGUCGAAAUGCACGAGAUGCAGCAACGAAUAAUCAUUCUAAACCCAUCUGAUCAUCUGGUCACUGAUAUUCCGAACACAGUGUCCGCCAAUGUAAACGAGACACCGAUCUCGGUCGACAGUGUUCCCCCAAAGUCGGCUGUUCAGANCACCACCGCCACCGCCACCGCCACGGCGUGUCAUUCGCUUCUCGCGACCCGGUUCAACUGCUCAACACUUUUUGGCAUUCAUGCAACCCAAUGUGCGUCUGUUCAACACAGUACUGGUCCCCGUGCCCCCGGGCGAUGA